GCUUGGCUAUCAAUAAAGUUCGCUUCGACGCAAAUGCUAAAAAUGCGAGCGACGCAGAACUCACAAGGCGCAAAGAGCUGGACAAACUCAUCGAUCUGUACAAAAAUUAUGUUGAUCCAAAGUACGUUGUCAGUGCUCGCGCAUCUGCGAGUUUGAGCAGUAUGCUAAUCAGGAAGGAGUAGCAGCAGAGUUGUUGUAUAUGUCUUGCUAACCGCUCUGCAGCGAGUACUUCCACUUCUAAGAUGAAUGCGAAUGCCGAUCACCUCGAAUAGUACUCAUAUCUAUCAGACUCAGACUUACUGUAGCCUAUUAGCUCCAGUGUGAGUCCAGUAUUCAAUAUUUAUUAUUCAUACUUAUUUCUAUUAAGGAUCAAAGCAACGGCUUUCUUUUCUAAGUCACGCGCAGCAAAUGGUUACGCAGACGCCUCGCGGGUGGCAAGCCCAAAGUAGAUCGAGAAACUGGAGAUGAAGAAAUCGAUUGUCCUCUUGAUGAAGCAUUUGUUGAAGCAGAUGAUAGCUGUGAAGACACUGCUUUGGAACAGCAAGGCAAGCUGCCACCAAUGAAGAGACAACGCACCAUGGCUAAAGCGAGUGCUGCGAAAGCUAAAGCCAAAAACAAGCCAGGGCCUAAGAAGACCGCUA